CCAUCCUCUCCUUCCCUCCUCGUCGUUCCAGCGCACGCACGCACGCGCAAAUCCGCACCGCAUUUCGACGACUCGUUCAUCGCAUCGCAGCGCAGGUCUAUGGGCAGAGAGCAGAGCAACAGUGGUGAAGAGGAAGAAGAAGAAGACAACGGCCAUCAUAGCAGCGAGCAAAUCGAUCUUCAACGCUCUUCCAAGUCCACCUACCUCCUCACCGCCAUGUCCUCUUCCGACAGUGAGUACGAUGAUGUGCUGGAGAUGAUGGAGAGGGAGAAGAUGGGAAUCGACAAUGCCAGCUCCGGCUACAUGCACGCGCUCGACAUGAGUGUGCACUCCAAGCUGUACGACCGCUACGACCACGUCACCUCAAAGUCCGACGUCAAGUACAAGCACCACAGCAACAACCUCCCCAACAAGUCCAGCGACAAAGCACGCGUCGACUCCCUGCUCUCGGCAUCCGACAAACUCGUACAAACUCAUCGCAAAGCCGACGCCGCAGUGCGUGACGCCGCCAAUGCCACCAAUGACGCUGCUGCAUCUCCGACGACGGCCAAGGGCAGCAAGGGGGAGAGCGCGUCUGCUGCUCUCGAAGCGAACAUUGCCAAGGACAAGUCGCGUGUCAAGGGGAUUCUGGCUGCUGGGAUGAGGCUGUUUGGCUGGGGGGCUGAGACUUCUGCUGUUGCCCCUGCUGCAGCCAACGGGGACAAGACGUCGAAAGCCACAACCACGAAGGCCGCGAAUGGGGGAAAGGCAGGAGCUGCGGGAGCUGAGGCCGAGGAUGCAGACGAGAUUGCGACGCAGACUCAGGCGGUGUUCGACGGCCAGUCGUCGACGAAGAAGGACCUCGACGCCGCCGAUGCGAAGGUGGAGCUCGCGUUGAAGUAUGCGGAGCGUGGAGUGAAGAAGCUGGGGAAGGGCGCUGACUCUGGCGCUUGAACUGCCGCCCCUUCCCCUGCCAGCGCG